CAACCUACAUCAAAGUUGAAGACCUUAUUAGGCCUAACAUCAAUGAAAUGCAGUAUURUAUUAAACCACUAUGUUGAUUACAAGACUUGUACUGAUGUAUAUUUACCGGAUAGUACCGGGGGAUCUUCAGAACCCGGCGUCACUUCGAAGUCUGAUUGUCCCCCUGGACAUUUCAUUGCUGGCUUUUAUAACGAUCACGCGUUCAUUCAUGGAGUUAAGAAAAUUAGAUGCUGUGCAUUGAAAGCUGUUACUAUAAACCAAAAGCUUUGUACCUUUGAGCAUGGGAUGUGCAGGUUGUGGAGUUUGAACAACAGAAAUGCAGAAAUUUGGAAAAUAAGCAACUCGACAAUGUUGGAAAAUGGCGACCACACUAUUGGAAAAACAACAGACUUGUCAGGUCACGUGGUAUACAUGGCAAACUACACCUUGUCAGGUUCUUCCAACCAAAUKGCAAGUAUUGGUCUGAAGUCUUCUAGCAAGAAACGAUGCUUAUCGCUAUGGUCUAUUGUCAAAAAAUUCUCRCGAUUAAGUAUCACGGCAUUUUAUUACAAUAAACGUAUCAAGCUUCCAGUUUCUGAAAGUCUUGGUGACAUUGAAGGUGUUGAAAGUACAAAAUGGUUUGAAAAGCAAUUGGUUCUUCCUGUAAAUACCAACUACCAGUUACUUAUUAAUGGAUUUACAAGUGUGGGUAUACCUGGUAUGAUAGCUUUGGAUGACAUUCAGAUGAAACCAGAACCAUUUUGCUCAGGCGUGUGUACAUCUCUCGGACCUCUUCAGGGCUCAAGCAGUAUACACCAAGGUCCUGUUGUACUGUGGCAGGCUAGUUGUCUAGAAGCAAAUAGUGAUACAACAAAAGCUAUGAUUGGACUCUGGGACAAGCAAGGAAGCCACUUUCAAGUCAUUGAAUACAUCAAGUGCUGCAAUCUACCAAUCAAAAAUACCUAUAAAAUGUCACUAGUGGGUCUAGAGGGCGGACCAAUCAAUAAGGAUGUGCGAUGGAAUGCACAGUGCAACAACAAUCAUAUUUUGACAGGAAUAUACAGCCUUGAUAAGUUCAACGGUCUUUACCAGCUACAAUGUGGCGCUCUUCAGCAAUCUCGUAUUGAUUAUUCUAAGUGUGUAGUAAUCUGGAGCGAGAUGCGAAAUCACUUGGGUGAAAUAAUCAGCUUACACGACGUUGAAUGCCCUCCAAAUAUGGCAAUGGUUGCUAUGUACGAUCACCAUAGAGACAACAACAAAACAAGCUUUGCAGAUGUCGACGCUAUUAAAUGUUGUGACGUCAUUCUUCCUAACUGCGUCACACAAGAUGAUUGUCAUGACGACGCUGAAUGUAUUGCCGAUAAUGACAUCAAGAGAUGUACCUGUAAGAAUGGUUUUCAUGGCAACGGCAAGUUUUGUCAAAAAUCAACUGCGACAACGUCAUCACCAACAUCAGCGACAACAUUAACAAUAGCAACUAAUAAAACAAUAAAGAAAACUACUCCAACAGAACCGUUAACAUUCCGUCCUAAAAUAACGACUGCUGUCCGUCGAACUGUUGUUGUCAUGUCUACAGAGCCAGAUCUCARUGGAGGAGUGGCGACAAGUACUCGUUCCUAUAAUAUCAAUAAAGCACAACAAUCACAGCAAAGCAACUCAACUAUCAUCGUUAUUGUUAGUGUCGCUUYAGCUUUGUUAGUCACUUUUGUAGUUCUGUAUGUGMUUGUCUGGCGAAUAAGGAAAGCUAAAAUGGCGCGUCAUACAGUCGUUGCCAUGGRKCUKAAAGASGCUGAGAUGGCUCCWAUGAAUGGAAUCAAGUGUUAUGAUAAUCUAAGUGGACAGAAAGACGAACCAUUAAACGAUAUAACUUCCGCGUUGACUUCCAGCACUUUGGACCAGACGUUCGCGGAGAGGAAGGCCGUUCGAGCAUUGAAGGCACGUUCUGCUACCAUACUCUCCGCUGACCAUCCUUACAUGGACGAGAAGGAUAUGGAACCUAAACCAAGAUUGGGUCAACCGUUCUACUUUGAACUGGACAAAAGUACAACUCAGAAAAACUACACCAUUCAUCAAUCUCUUGCCUUGCCCGAGCCAAUGUACGGCAUCUUGGAGCCUGAGAACGAAAAAGGAGAUGAGAUUGGUGCCCAGUUUUGCACGCCUGCUAAAACCGAGGAGGAGUUGUAUCUGCAACUAUCGAGAGCGAUCCAGAGGAGCAAGAUUGAAGUCGGCAGUGAAAAACUUGGCUCUGGGGCAUUCGGUCACGUCUGGCUUGGAGUAUGGGACAAGUCACCAGGCAUUCCCGUCCAAGUAGCUGUCAAAAUACUUCGCGAUUCCCACUCAGCAGAAAACAAAAUCAAAUUUUUGCAAGAGGCUGCAAUUAUGAGACAGUUUACUCACAAWAAUGUCAUUUACAUGUACGGCACCGUUACAUCGUCUGAACCGGUUAUGAUAAUCCUUGAAUACAUGAGUCGAGGAAACCUCAAGAACUACCUUCGUGAUCUGAACUCCAAACACGGUGAAGAUGUAGUUCUACAAAGCGAUACACGAACGCAGUUUUUACGCAUGGCUCGUGAUAUAGCCGCUGGAAUGCAGUAUCUUCACAGCCUCUCUUUCGUACACAGGGACCUUGCAGCUAGGAACAUUCUUCUUGAUUCAGAUAUGACCUGUAAGAUUGGAGAUUUCGGCAUGUCACGAGAUUUGGUUGAAAGUGACUAUUAUACAAGCCGUGGAGGUAGAAUACCCGUCAAAUGGACUGCACCCGAGGCGAUUAACUUUGGAAAGUAUUCAAGUAGUAGCGACGUGUGGAGUUAUGGUGUAGUACUCUACGAGAUAUGGUCAUUAGGACACAAACCGUACCUUAACUUAGACAACAACGAGGUCAUCGAGGCUGUUUCUCUUGGAUAUCGACUUCCACCACCAUUACAUUGUCCAAGUAUAGUCUACCGCCUGAUGGUCGAUUGCUGGCAUCCCGAGUUCCAGGCAAGACCAAGAUCCUACCAGAUCUACCAUUGCCUAAGCUUUAGCCAUCAGUCUGUCUUCCUUGAUGGUACUCCUUGUGAACAGACGCACAGCGUUGAACAAGAAUCGACUUCCACCGCGCGAAGCCCAAYAUAUAUGGACCUUAAAUACGUAUAUUCCAUAACAGAAUAGUUCAGUAUCGUUCAAGAGUGGCACGGCGGGUCCGUGUGUUACAACUUAAAUUUGUAUAUGCCAUUUGAGACGUUGUAUUCGAAUUGUGCUGAAUGCGAUCAUAUGGAAAGGACUGACUUGUUGUUUCAAUCAACUAUCUAUUUAUUUUCCCUAAGCUGCUGGACAGCUGAGAAAGUUGAAGACCUCUACUUGUACAAACAUCAAUGCGUUAUUUAUUGGUUCGUUUUUUUACUGAAGUAAAACCACGAAAUAACUUAGAAAAUGACGGCCUCUAAUUGUUCUCUUACUGCAAUGUAACACGGAAAAAUUAGAGGCUCGGUUACAGCGUUACGUACUUUAUUCGACACUUUGAUCCGUUUUGUAGCUAGUGUUGACGGAUAUGGAAACCCAUCUCAUUAAUUUCAUUGCCUCACAGUUUUUGUACUGAGAAAGGCACCUGUAAAACUACUCCGAGAUAUUUGAAGUUGAUAUUUCUAAUAAACCUAACAAUCAGUGUUUAAA